AUGUCUGAUCCGGCCUUGUCCACCACCAUCGGUUCCAACGCCAUGGGCCCGGAUUCCUCCUCCACCCCGACGGCCCCGCGACUCUCGCCCGCGGAGGGCUCCGAGACGCCGCGCCCGCCAGGCCAAUCACACAUCGCUGCCAGCGGCAGCGGCAUCGGGGGAGGCAGCGGCCGAAAGAUAGAGCGCUCGUGUAACCUGUGCCACCGGCGCAAGAUCCGCUGCGACAAGAAGUCGCCCUGCUCGUCGUGUGCGCGCGGCGGGUUCCCGUGCUUUUAUCCGCAGGCCGGCCAGCCGAUCCGCCGGGUCCGAAAGACGACCAUCGCGGACGUGGCCAGCCGGAUCUCGGACCUGGAGAAGACGCUCACGGCGGGGGUGGGGCGGGAUCAGCUCCGGGUCAGGUCGCCGCCGGUCGCGUCGUCGUCGGCGGAUACCCCGGGGCUGGGUGGUGUCUCGUCGGGGUGGGAUACGGGGAGGUCUGUAUAUGACAGGCCGGCUACAGCGCCUUCAUCUGGGUCUCAUGCGAAGAGCCCCGGUGACGAGAUUUUGGUGAGGAAGGGAACGCAGAGUCAGUACUUUGAUGAGGUGCUCAUCUCACGGGUUAUUGAGGAGGAACAUGAGAUCCAGUCAGUAUUAACGACGCCAGGGAGCGACCCAGCUCCGCAGGCGGCGCCGUCACCAUUCAAUCCCAUGGGUAUCUUGUCAAGUCCAGAUCUCAAAUUAGAUCUGACAGAGCUGCUCCCACCCAAGUGGGGUGCGAUUGAGCUGUGGAAGAAUUACGCCGAGAACAUUGAGCUGUGUAACAAAAUCAUACACAGACCGACGGCGGAAGUGUUGAUCUACACGGCGAUAGACGACCCUGCCAAUGCUUCCCUCGAGGCUCUGGCCCUCAUGUUCUCCGUCUUUUUCGUGUCUACUGUCGUGCUUGACCCAAGUACGAUCCAGAAGAUCACCGGAGAGGAUAAAGUGACCGCUCUUCACCGAUACAAGACGGGUCUAGAGCAAGCAUUCGCCAAGGCCGACUUUCUGGAGCAUCCUUCUGUCAGGCUUCUGGAGGCGUUGUCUGUCUACUUGGCAGCCCUUCGCAUACACAAUCCAGGCCGCGGCCUGUGGACCCUAAACGGCCUCGCCAUCCGAGCCGCGCAGUCCAUCGGCCUGCACCGCGACGGCACGCGCCUCGGCCUCUCCGUCUUCGAAUGCGAGAUCCGCCGCCGGCUGUGGUGGCAUCUCGUCGCCCGCGACGGCAGGGCGUCGGAGGACUACGGCAUCCAGAACCCGACCUGCUUCAACCUCAGCGUCGGCGUCAACUACCCCUCCAACCUCGACGACAACGACCUGUACCCCGAGAUGAAGGAGCUCCCGCCGCCGAGGCCCGGCUGGACGCCAAUCACGCUGGCGCUGAUCAACAUCCAGAUCUCGCGCGCGUGGCACCGUCUGGCGGCGAUUGCGUCCGAGUGGAAGGAGAAGCCCGUCCCGGAGUCGGUGCGGACGCAGAUUGUGGAUGAGCUGAGGGACUAUGCGGAGGGGUUCCUGAGGCACUGUAACCCUGUUAUCCCGCAUCAAAGGCAGUGCUUGCUUGUGGCGAGGUUCAUCAUUCGGAAGGUUGACUUGGUGACGAGGCAGCAGUGGCUGAAUUUGGAGCACCCUGAGGCGAGGGAGUCGUUCGCUACAGAGGAGAAUCUGUUGCAGGCGUUGGGUAUCCUGGAAGACGGGAUGAGCCUCGCGUCGGAUGAGUUGUUGAGGCCGUAUCGCUGGAGCAUGAGGGCGUAUCCUCAGUACCACAUGAUUCUAUAUGUUCUGUGGCAUCUGUGUGUGAAGCCCGAGGGGCCGAACGUGGAGAGGGCGUGGAAAGCGUUGGAGUACUCGAUGGAUCAUGUAAGGAAUGUCGGCACUGGAUCGGGCCCGGCUGCGAAGAUGACUGUGCUCGAGGCGUUACGAGAGAAGGCUUUGGCGAUCCGCCAGGGUAUUGCUAGUGGUGGGGAGAAGGAGAAGGAAAAGGAGGCGUAUCCCACACCUGGAGCUACCGAUGAGAGGUCAGAGGUUGAGGGCGCGGAGGGGGUGUUGGACGGAAUGAAUGGGAUGAAUGGAGUUGAUGGGAUGGAUUGGAAUACCGUCAUGCAGGACUUUCCGGAUUGGAGCACAUUGAUGACGGAGUUUCAGAUGGAUGGACUGGCUUUUCCGAAUUUCCUUGACUAA